CCUCUUGUUUUUCUUCACUCUCUUCUGUGUCCUUUUGGUUCUCUCUCUCUCUCUCUCUCUCUCUCUCUUCAAGAUGGCUGGUGUUCCCGAAGGAGACUCUGUAACCAUUGGCAAGCUGAAGCAGAUACAGGCUCAGUUUGCAAAAGAAAGAGAUUGGGAUCAAUAUCACUCCCCAAGGAACCUUCUCUUAGCUAUGAUUGGUGAAGUGGGAGAAUUAUCUGAGAUAUUUCAGUGGAAAGGUGAAGUUCAAAGGGGACUACCAGAUUUUAAAGAGGAAGAAAAAGUUCAUCUUGGAGAAGAGCUUUCCGAUGUAUUGCUUUACCUUGUGAGGCUCUCUGACAUCUGUGGUGUUGAUCUUGGCAAAGCUGCUUUGAGAAAAGUUGAACUCAAUGCUAUCAAAUAUCCGGCAAAAGCUAGCAAAGAGGUCGCAAACAAGGAAGAUGGAAUUGAAAACUCUACCUCUGCCGAUAAUGGUACUGAUUGAAAGGGUUUGAUAAUAUGUAGUUAAACUUAAAGGGUGUAGCUGAAUUAAAUGUUGGUAUAAUGGUUUGUAUGCCAUUGCAUUGAAACUGGUAUUAGGUACUUUUAUUUUUGCCACAAAUUUUGUUACUGUUACCCCUUUUACAAAUGUGAGAUGUGGUGACUCUCUUUAUUCCAUUUUAAUGAUAUUUAAAUUUUCAGGAAA